AACAAAUCCGCGGUUUCGUCAAUCCCAAGACAAAUCUUGCCGCCUCUUGACAAGCACCAAUUAUAGAAUCUGAGGGUCGUGUAUGAUUCCCGGUCCAAACUCUGAAGAGACUUGGAGACACGGCAGGGCAAUCUUCCGGCUGGACGGCCUCCGCGACCUCCGGGCGGGAUGGGAUUGAAAGAUGUACCGCGCCGGGCCCCGUGCUGUUCGGUGUUUUGGCGUGCUUCUCCCCGGGGCGUGGUCCCCCUCAGCUGUACCGGUCGGGCGGCAGGGAGUCCCCCGGGCAGGCGGAAGACCGACCAGUUCACGAAGAACCGAUUUCCUCAAGACCCAUCAAGACAAACCCCAGCUCCGAUCGACCAACGAACCUCAGUCAUGGCAUCCCGCCCAGUCGUCAACGUCCGCUCAACAUCCGGUCAAUCCUCGAGCACCAUCCCCCUUCCCGCAGUCUUCACUGCCCCCAUCAGGAACGAUGUCGUUCAGGAUAUCCACAAGAACUUGGCCAAGAACAAACGUCAAGCUUACGCCGUUUCCUCCAAGGCCGGUGAACAAACUUCCGCCGAGUCAUGGGGAACUGGUCGUGCAGUAGCCCGUAUCCCUCGUGUUGGAGGUGGUGGUACUCACCGUUCCGGUCAAGCCGCCUUCGGUAACAUGUGUCGGGGUGGACGCAUGUUCGCUCCCACCAAGAUCUGGAGGAAGUGGCACGUCAAGACCAACUUGAAGCAGCGCCGUUACGCCAUCGUUUCGGCGAUCGCUGCCACUGCAGUCCCUUCAUUGGUCCUUGCCCGUGGUCACCGAAUCGAGAAGAUUGCCGAGGUUCCUCUCGUCGUAGCCGACGAGGUCGAAUCGAUCUCCAAGACCAAGGAGGCCGUCGCCAUCUUGAAGACGCUCAAGGCCCACUCGGAUGUUGUCAAGGUCUCGAACUCUCGCAAGACCCGUGCCGGUAAAGGAAAGAUGCGUGGACGCCGAUACCGUCAGCGUCGUGGUCCCCUCGUCAUCUACAAUGAGGACAAGGGUAUCGUCCGCGCUUUCCGAAACAUUCCUGGUGUCGAGCUGGUCUGUGUUCACCGUUUGAACCUUCUUCAACUCGCCCCCGGAGGACACAUCGGUCGUUUCUGCAUCUGGACCCAAGGUGCAUUUGCCCAAUUGGACGAGCUUUACGGCACUUACGACAAGCCUGCUACCUUGAAGAAAGACUUCUCAUUGCCCGUUUCCAAGGUCAGCAACGCCGAUAUCACCCGAGUCAUCAACAGCGAUGAAAUCCAAUCGGUCCUCAGACCAGCUGGUCCUUCUCGAGUCAAACGACCUUUCACCCAAAAGAAGAACCCAUUGAAGAACCGAGCCCUUCUCUUCCGUCUCAACCCAUACGCCAAGGUGUUGAUCCGAAACGAAACGCUCAAGCAGGCCAAGAACUUGAAGGCCAAGGCUGCUGCCGAGGCCAAGAAGGGUACCAAGAAGAUGGUCCCUGCUGGCGAGAAGUUCUUGUCCACUCUUCAAGCCCCUUGAUUGUCUCCAACCCCCUCGUCCAUCUCUCAAUUGUACCCCCUCGCCAGUAAUCAUCUUGGACGUUAAUGCAUGAUCAUUUCCGUCCAAUCGGUGUCUGCCUUUACUGGUCUAACAUUGAGACCCUGGGGUUGUGUUCCCUUUUAUGCAAGUCCUCCUCAUCAAUCUAUGGUGUUGAAACACUCCGAGUUAAAUUUUUUGAACUUGAAAUGUUUCCUUAUGCAAUGCAUUCUAAGAACUGAAGCAAAUGCUGCUCCAGAUCAUGCAAACC